AUGGCAGUUCACGAUGAUCCUCCUCCGGGCUACAGGUUUAGGCCUGACGCAGAACAACUACUUGUUCAUUGUCUUCGUCCCAAACUCGAUGGAGAAGGCUUUCCCCAAGGGCUUGUUCCUUUCUGCGAUCUUUAUAGAGAUCAAGAACCAUGGCAGAUAUGGGAAGCUUUCAAAGAAUCAUCAGUGAAAGACCAAGAAAGAGAAGACCUCUACUUCAUUACCCAACACAAGAAGAAGUCUCCAAAGGUCUCGCGCAAAAGCCGAACAAUCGGCAGUGGCACCUGGAAAGGCGACGACGGCGCCAAGAAAGUACUUGCUGCUUCUCGAAAGGUUAUUGGCAAGAGAAAAAGAUUUCAUUACGAGAACGAGGGCUCGGUGCAAAACGGUCGCUGGCUCAUGCACGAGUUUGAACUUGAUGCAUCUUUACUGCGAAACAAACGUAAAGGGAAGGACUAUGUUCUUUGUAUUCUUAGAAAAAAAUAG